UAGGGUAACCAUGGUUUGCCAUCGCAACCCGGCAAUAGGAAAUCGUUGGGCUGGCUGAUUGGGUAAGCCGCCGCGGAGAAAGGCUAUAAAACCGAUCGGAAGUGCUGGAAAUUGCUUAGUUUCGGCCAGAUUACCAUCCCAUGCGGUACAGGGUCUCGGAGAGUGUGGAUCGUCAGCGAGCUUACCAGCGGAAAAUAAGCGACCCCCGGGAGCAGCAGGACCCCAGUUGUAGCCGUACCCGUGUGUUGAGAGUGUGAAGAACGGUAGCAGAGCCGCGGGCCAGAGCAAUAAAAUACCGUCCAGAACAAUGAGGACCUUAGUGGUGAUGAUGGUGGUGUUGCUGGUAAUGACAUCAGCCGAGGGUAUCGAACGGCGACGUCCACUGUAUCGUCGAGGUUCCACGACAACCACAGUAAGCCCGCUGACAGAUGACAGCGAAGGGUCGGAGAGCAAGUUCAAGCCGAACGGUAAAGAUUUGUACACGGUAAGCGACUCGUACCCCGUGUCGGGCAGUAUCGGUUCUGGCAGUGUACCCGGUAGCUUCAAAUCGGAUGGCGAUAAACUUACGUCAUUCUCCGAGUACACGUUCGGCAGCACCAAGCUUUCCGGCGGUGGGUCCGAUGGUGGUGUACUGGACGGUUCGAGUUCGGACGAAGAGUCCAGCAGCUUCAGCAGCUUUAAAAAUCACAAAAAAGCCUCCCUUCUGCCAACGACCAACGCCAACAACAAGGACCGAAAGCCAGCGAGCGGAGCGUUCGACUUUCUGAACGGUGACUACGCCAAACCGAAGCUGACGGCCGGUAGCAGUUCGCAUCUGCUCGAUUCGACCUCGAUUGUCGGGCUCGGUGGCAAGACGAAAACAUCGUCCGCUAUUUCGAGCAAAUUUUCCAUCUCGCAUCCGACACCGAGCAGUAGUAAGGCGGCCGGCAAACUGGCACAUCUGGACGACUCGACCGAGUACGACGUGUAUGCCAGUCUGGGACAUAGCUCGGGCAAGACCAAGCUUGGUGCGGGUGGCAAACACCGUGGGUCCAGCGGCACGUUUCCUUCGGCCACCGGCAGCUCGUUCGGGUUCGAGGGCAAGGUGAAGAAGGUGCCGUUCAAGUACGAGGACGGUGGGAUCGGUGCGCUCGCCGGCAAGACCAAGCAGAAACCGAAGCUGACCAUCGACGAGGAAUCGUUCGGCAGUGGGUCCCUAGCGUCGGCCAGCAAUCACUUUACCGGGCUCGGAAGCUUUGACAGUGGUAGCUUCGGCAAUCAAAAGCAGCCCGGUGGAUCAGGCUCGUCCAAGAGCAAGUUUAACUUUGCCGAACCGCCACCGCUAGUGAAGUCGACGCUCAGCACGCUCAAGCACUUUGGCGAAGGACUCAUAGGUAAUGGCAAUGGGGCUGGCCGAGCACCGUACGAGCUCGACAGCGAGGAGAACUACAAGUACGGCUCCUACUUCGGCAAGGGCCAUUACGCUGCCGAGGAGAGCUACGAAAGUUCGGCCGAACCGGCUCCAAGCAAGGGCAAAUACCCGAAACUUGGAGUCGGCGGGCCGUCCGUCGGCGCGAACCUGGGCAGCAAGUUCGCAACCGACUUUGACGUGAAGAACAUUAAGCUAACCAGCGAGGGUGGCACGUUCGGCAACGCCGGACACAAGCUGCCCGGUACACUGACCAAGAACACAUCACCACACCACAAACUGCCCCAGUCGGCACACCAUCUGUCACAUCACCUUCAACAUCACCCACAACAGCAACAGCAGCAACCACAGCAGACGAUACCGCACCCGGCCCAGUCACACGCACACCUACACGCGCACACGCUCGGCAAUACCGGUAGCAUUGUUAAUCCUAACCCUCUCGACUUUCGGCCAAAAUUUAAACUACAAGAUGUCCCCAAUUUGUAUCCCGCCGACCAUCUAGGUGCCGGUAUAGCGGCCAAGGGCCAGAUCGAGAGCUUCCUCAACUCGGAGCACGCGCUGAAGGACGAGUCGCUGGUGGCGCAGCUGCUCGGCGACGGUAGCCCGGCCGGCCGGCCCCACUACCACCAGUUCCUGAAGUCGCAGGAGGACGAGAAGCUGGAGAAGGAGGCACUCCGGCAGCAGAUCGAGUACCUGAAGGCGCAGGCAGCGAAGCGUCCGCUCGACCUCGGCAACCCUAGCCGCCCACCGAUCGUCUCGAACGCGCAGAAGUUCCGACCGGUGCGUCGCAUCCCGUCCCACGUCCGGCUGGGCGUGAAGGCACCGUACCCGCUGCCCCGCAUCCCCCACUACAACGAUCGUCCGUACAGCAUCAGCUUCAAGAUUUAAACUAAGAGCUACCAAAAAGAACAUGAAGACAAGUAAACCAAGUGCAAUCGCUGGCCGAGACUAGCCUUCAGCACAGCUCUACAGCCUGCUCUAGUAGGAUCCAAACUCCCCCCGCCACCUCCACCCCCCUCUUAGACUACGUCUGGACAAUGUUCUGUGCUCCGUUCCUUCAACCCACGCCCCCCCGUUUCAGCCCACCUCCUACACCAGGCGAAUAGUCACAGUUUUUGUUACCGCGUUUGUUACUAUGAUGCUCCCUAUGAUUCCUUCUUUUAUAGUAUGUAUUGUUCAAUUAUUUAUUUUUUCAUUAGUUGUUAGACAAAACACACGACACACACGGCCUUGCCAUACCCGACGCUGUAGGGUGUAGCAUGGAGGAAAUUUCUUUAAAAAUGAAAAAAAAAUACAAGAAAAAUAAAGCAAAUACAUAAUUUUUGGUUUCGUAGAACA